UCACCGCAGCUUCUGUCCCAGUCACAGGAGAAGCUCGCGCUGCUGCUGCUCGCGCUGCUGCUGCUCGCGCUGAGAAAAUGGCCGACAAAUUUUCUAGGUUCAACGAAGAGCGCGAUUUCCAGGGUGGGAAUCACUUUGACCAGUAUGAAGACGGUCAGCUGGAGUUGGAGCAGGCAUCUCUGGACAAACCCAUCGAAUCGGAUAACAUCGGGCACCGGCUGCUUCAGAAACAUGGGUGGAAAUCUGGUCAAGGCCUUGGCAAAACCAUGCAGGGACGCACAGACCCUGUGCCCAUUAUCCUUAAAUAUGAUGUCAUGGGGAUGGGCCGCAUGGAGAUGGAGUUGGACUAUGCGGAGGACGCCACAGAGAAGAGAAGAGUGCUCGAAGUUGAAAAAGAGGAUACAGAAGAGCUGCGACAAAAAUACAAGGAUCAGGUGGAAAAGGAGAACGCCAUUGCGAAGGCUCUCGAAGACCUAAGAGCAAAUUUCUACUGCGAACUGUGUGACAAGCAGUACACUAAACACCAGGAGUUCGACAAUCACAUAAACUCCUAUGAUCAUGCUCACAAGCAGAGAUUAAAAGAACUGAAGCAGAGGGAGUUUGCUCGUAUUGUGUCGUCCCGUUCUCGGAAAGAUGGGAAAAAGCAAGAAAAGAUGCUGCGGCGACUGCAUGAGCUGGCGGAGCAGAGGAAACAAGUCAAACAAGACCGAACGCCUGGAAGUGGACCCAUGUUUAAAACAACCACAGUUGCUGUUGAUGGAGAAAAAGCUGAAGAUUGUGACAGCAUGACACCUGAGAACCCCACUUUGACAGACACCAUCUUAGAGGGCUCCCCUGUAGAGAAACCUGAGCAGUCCUCACCAAAGCCCAGUCCAACUAUUAAUUUUUGUCUGGGAAAGAACACCUCCACAUCUCCAACUCCGAGCAGUUCCUCCAAAGUCAGCGUGUCGUUCUCUUUUGCCAAGAAAGCCCCUGUGAAGUUGGAGACUGCUGCUGCUGUGUUUGCUGAUCAUGGUGAGGAGGCAAUGGAGGAGGAGGAAAAUCAGGAAGGAGAAAAAGCUGCAGAACAAGAGGAGGUGCCGGGCUGCAGCACAGACAGUCCUGAGGGAGAACCUGAAGUAGGUGAAAGAGGAGAGAAAGGUGGUGCAGGAGGAAUGGAGGAGGUACAGCAGCCUGAUGACGGAUGCUCAUUAGCCUCAACUCUCAAUAAACUUAAGACGAUGAUGACGAUGAAACGAGAGGAAGGGUUUACAGGACAGGAGCCUCAGUACUAUCACUAUGUACCUCCAGCCCACUGUCGGGUAAAGCCCAACUUUCAGUUUUUGCUCUUUAUGAAGGCAACUGAACAGUGCCAGAGCAAAGAAGACGAUGACGAGGAAGAGGUCCCGGAAGAAAAAGUGGCUGAAAAAAGUUCUGACCAGCCGGAGCGUAAAGCUGCUGAGUGCAAAACUGAAAAAGAACAAAGUGAUGACGCAUCAGCUGCUGAUCCCGAGCCGGCUCCUCUGUCACCUAAAGUAAAGACGGAUGAAAAUGCGUCUUCUAGUGCUGUAGACACGGCUUCCACUGUUCCCACUUCUCCUACGCAGAAGAUGGAGAACACACAGGAUGUAACGGAGUCAAACACUGGUCCGAAAAUCCCCACUGGACCGUUUUUUCCAGUUCUGAGCAAAGAUGAAAGUACGACCCUACAGUGGCCUACAGAGCUGCUUGAAUUUACAAAAGCUCAACCCUCCCUGUCGUACAGCUGUAACCCUCUCUACUUUGACUUUAAGCUGUCCAAAAACAGAAGACUUCAUGGUGUAAAAGCAGCAAAGUCCCCGAAGAUUUCAGAAAAACCUGAAGACAAGGGCCAAAAGGUGGAAGCUGCAACAGCUGAAGUAGAAGCAACACCUGAACCUGAAACAAGCACCGACAAAGAUAAGCCAGAAAUAAAGGGUGAUCCCAGUAAGUCAGAAGGUGUUGAGCAGAAACCUGCGACUGCUGGCAGUAGUGUGAAGAAGAAAAAGAAGAAGAAGAAGCAUAAGAAGUCUGGAAAGCAUUCGAAGCACAAAGGGAAAGAAAAAAACUCUGAAGAAGCUGCCGGGGAAGGGACGGAAGUAGCGCAAGAAAAACCCAAAAAGAAAAAGAAACGCAAACGAAAGAAGAGCAAAAACAAGGUUCAAAAUCCAGAUGAGGCAGCUGGUGAUGAAAAGGGAAAGGGUAAGUCAAAGCCAGAAGAUAAAACUGUUGGCACUUGUGUUCAGAUGACAACUGGCGGGGGAGCAGAACUGGGCAAGAGAAAACGUGCUGCAAAGGAAGUGCCUUCCAAGUCUGGAGUAGAGCAUGGGGGAACGGGGAAAAGUAACGACAAGGCCAACCCCUCUGAAGAACACAGCAGCAACAAGAAACAAAAAACUGACUCUAGUGCAUCCCAAAGUGCCUCUUGCUCCGCCUCCGCUCAGAAGAGUCCUGGUCACGGUAGACAUCCCAGCAGUGACAGUGAAGAAGAAGGUGGCUCCAACAACCAGCGCUCGCGUCAUCACAAGUCGAGUCCACAGGAACAGCGGCGCCAUCGCAGCCAAGAAUCUCGGCGAUCUUGCAGCCGCUCUUCAAGACGAGGUGAAAAACACGGCAGUAGCCGUCGGCACCGUCGUGGUCAAACCUCUUGUAGUCGCACGUAUUCGAGCAGCUCGGAGCGCUCCUCGGCAGGAAGCAGCACGUACAGUCACCGAAGCCGCAGCUACUCGGACAGUUACAGCGACUACAGCACAGAAGGCCACAGACGAAGGCACUCGAAGCGUUCGUCGGACUCCGAGUAUGAGCGAAGGGGCAGUCGAGGACGUAGGCGGUCCAGAAGACGUCAGUACACCUCAUCCUCCUCAGAGGACUCCCGCUCACGAUCACGUAGCUACAGCCGGAAGAAGAGGCAUCGGCGGCACCACCGCAGCAGCUCGAGAAGUUCCAGUAGCUGGAGCCACAGCACUAGUAGAUCGUGGAGGCGUAGCUACAGUAGAAGCCGAAGCUCAGGCAGCCGCUCCUCUAGUUCAAACAAAGGCUCCCCUCACAGACGAAACACCAGGGGCCAAGCGGACAGCGACACAGUUCGCAGAGACUUCAACCGCUCAUGCAUCUACCGCUCCCAGUCUCCACGUUCAUCACUACGAGGCCUUAACCGCAACACCCAUUCAUCCACCUCUCAGGCUUUGAGGCCAGGGGGGUCCCGUGAUGCAAGGGAACAAAAAAAUAUGCUCACUGCGCGCCAGCUGCUGGAGAAAGUUCAGUCUAAAAAGAGUUCAGAGGACACUACCACCGGAACAAAAUCUGGACUUAAGAUUAAGGACCCACCACAGGGCUAUUUUGGUCCUAAACUACCCCCAACCCUGGGAAGCAAAGCCAUGCUGCCACUUUUUGGCAAGCUGCAGGCAGGAAAGAAACCUUUGUUUCCUCUAACCAGACCUGACGAGGGCGAGAAAUCAGGCGCAGGGAAGGGCUCUGACACAGAUGGAGAGGUUAUCCUUGUUGAGCCCAUAAGGGAGUUUCCUCCUCCGCCACCUCCACCAGCCCCACCUGUCCAGAAGGUUGAGGAGGCCCCUCAGACUACAGUAACACAAGAGGAGACUCAACAGCACACCAUUGCAGAAAACCAGGUACACCAAGACCCCCAACCAAUGUUUGACCAGGAGCCUUCCAUGAUGAUGCCCCAGUAUCAAGGAGAGCCAGGACAAGACCCUUCCCAAAACUCCAUGAUGGAGUCCCUCAUGCCUGAAAUGCAGCAGCAGCCUCCGUUGCAUGCCUACCCUACUUACCCACCCCCCAGUCUGGAGGAGGAUGGAAUUGAGGCAGAGGAGGAUGGACUGGCUCCUUUAGAGAGUCAGCCGAUCACCUUCACACCAGAGGAGAUGGAGAAAUACAGCAAGCUGCAGCAGGCUGCUCAACAGCACAUUCAGCAGCAGCUUUUGGCUAAGCAGGUCAAGGCAUUUCCUUCAGCUGCUGCGGCUGCAGCCGCCGCUGCAGCAGCUGCUGCCAACAUGGCCCCAGCCCCUCCCCCACAAGCCCUGCAGCAGAUCCACAUCCAGCAGCCAACCGUCUCUGUAGCAUCAGGCACAUCCAUCACCACUGUGCAGCACGCCAUCUUGCAACACCAUGCGGCCACGGCUGCAGCAAUGGGCAUCCACCCAGCACAUGCCCACCACCCUCACCCUGCGCAUGCACAGUUGGCCCAAGUGCACCACAUCCCCCAGCACCACCUUACCCCCAUCUCCCUGUCGCCUUUGGCCCCCUCACUGGGUCAUUCUUUGGGACACUCGCUGGGCCAUGCAGGACUGAUUCCUGCUCAUCACACUGCGUUCUUGUCUGGUCAGCCCAUACACAUUAUCCCUGCUUCUGCGCUUCACCACACCCCGUUAGCGCUCCACCACGUCCCCCAUGCAGCUCUUUAUCCCACACUGUUUGCACCUCGCCCCUCCCAGGCUGCUGCUGCAGCAGCAGCUCUUCAACUCCACCCACUCCUGCAUCCAAUUUUCUCAGGACAGGACCUUCAGCACCCACCUAACCAUGGCUCUUGAGUGAUUAUAGAAGUGAAAUGGGACAUUUAAAGCAUUCGUCCACUGAAGCAGGACACCUCUGUCUUGGGUUAAGGGUUUGCAACAUCAAGGAGGCAGUUGAACAUAAAGGACCCUGCACGGGGUCUUAAAAUCAACACUAGGAUUUUCUUCUGAUUUAUGUCGCUUGGUUUGUUCCCCCCCCCCCAUAAGUUUGGAUACUGGUUGUAAUGUACAAAAACUUUGUCUUGGAAGUGACCGUUUCAGCUGACAGUGCAUCGAUAACGAUAAACCACUGGAU